CCGACGGCCGCUUUUCCUGUCAGCCAAGCCCCGGCCCGCCCGGCAGCUAACCCCCUGCGUCCUGCCCCUCCGGGCCCGCCCUCCACGGCUGCCGUCCCCGCGGGCCCGGGCCGCACCGCCACCCCGUCCGGGGCGGGGGCGGGCCGCGGCGGCGGGGAGGCCGCCUCGGAGGAAGUGAUGGAGGCCGAGGGAGGAGGAAGAGCCGCCGCUGGUUGCCUUUAUUUGGUAGAUACCUUAGCAGGAGAUCCAGAGGUUCUUCAAGUAGAUGCUGAAACAUACUAUGAAAAACUCUUGAAGAAAUCGUCAUCCACUCCUGAUAUUUUUUCGAUCCCUGGAGGAGAAGAGGUUAAACUUGAAGAUUCCUGUGUGUGUUUUGUCCCUCUCUACCGAAAUAAUCCUACUUGCAAAAUGUUGCUGUUAACUGAUCCGAAGGAUAAAGAGACAGUUUUGGCAGUUUAUUUGAACCAGUGUUGGUGGCCUGUUGAAGAUGUAUUAAAGACGGCUGAUCCUUCUAGAGAUGGGCUAAUUUCAGUCCAGACAUUUCGAGAAAGGAUUGUCCUCUUUGUUCUGAACUACAUUAUUUUCGGAAUGCUGGAAAAGAGUUCAGCUAAUGAUGCAUUCUUUCUACCUCACUCUGCCACCGAGUGUGCCAAGAUACUCUGGAGAAAUGGCGAGGCUGUUGCCUUUUACUCGGUCAAGAUGAAAGGGAGCCUAUGUGAUGGUACAACCAGUCAAUGUUACUUGCUGCCGGUUUUGGAUACUAUAUUCGUCCGGAGAAAGUACAGAAGAGAUGGCCUAGGGAUGAAAAUGCUGCAUGAUUUCUGUCAGUCUUUCAUGGCUGAGGAUGCCUUGGGGAUCAGCUGCCCUAUUUCUGCUGCCAUGUAUCAAGUUUGCCAGAAAUUCUUGCAGACUUAUCCCGAGGAGCAGAAGCGGCUGUGGGAGGUGGAAGCACCAGGAGAUUGGAGCCAGCGAGUGAAUAUCUGGUUAAAAAUUCAGAUGGAGUCGUCCCCUUCAGGAAAGGCUGAAGUGAGCUCUCAUAUAGAAAAUGCUCAAACCAGUAAACCCAGACAAUCAGAUGUGGACCAGAUGAAUGAGACCAUUGAAUAUAUUCCUGAUGUUGGGAAAGUGGCAGGAGGUGACACAGAAAAAAAAGAUGACACAUCAGCAGCAGGGACUCUAAACUCACAGGGUCCUGAACAAGAGGACUUAGAACAAGGUGCAAGCAAUACUCAGCAAUGCAAAGGAUUCAGAAAAAGAGCAGGCCCUGGGGGCUUAGUUGGAGACCAGGCCACCAAACAAUUUAGAAUUAUACCAUAAUUACAUUUUCAAAAAUCAGCAAAAUCUCAGUAUGGUCUUAAAAAUUGUAAUUGACUGUUCAUAAUUUGUAACACUGGAGAGAUUUCUUCAGGUAAGAUACAAUAUUUUUUGCAAGACACAUGUUCUCCAUCUUGUGUUUUGUUUUAAGUAAAGCUUUUGUUUGCUAA